AUGGCUCCGAGAGACAAGGAGCGGCACAGUGCUAACCCGCGAUCUUCUGUCCGGCAGCCGGAGAAGAAAUCCGGUGGAGGAGGGAAGUACACAGUGGGAAAGGCAGGAGAUGAGAGAUGGGGUGCUGCCUUGAUGAAGGCUGACCCCAACUAUGACCCUGAGGAAAAGCGCAUUGAUCCCGACGACGGUUGUGCUUACACAUGGGAUGAACUGGCAGAGUACUACCGCGGCAAGUACAAAAUGAAGAUGCUAGAGGAGUACUGGGACUAUGAGUGCAAGCCGGCAAAGUCCAGGAGCCGCAAAGCACAGGCCACACAGGCCUACAAGGAUCCCACGCCAGCUGAGUCCACAAAGAAGGUGUCGGGAAAGGGCAAGGCUGCCGAAACGGCCAAGCCCAAAGCAAAGGCCAAGGCAAAAGAGCCCAAGGCCAAGGCCAAGGCAGAGGCAAAGAGGCUACAGCCAGGGGACAUGGAAUCUGAUGGACCACUGGCCAAAGAAAUCGCCUUGCAUAUCCCGUACUUCCCCUUCAAGAAGAUCGAGAGGUUCUAUGACAUUCAGGGCCUGCUGCAGCACCCGAAACUCCUGAACGCGAUGUGUGCCGUCUGGGCAAAGCGCUUCCGGAAGAUGGGCGUCACGAAGCUCUGUGGCUUCGAGGCCCGUGGCUUCCUGUUCACGCCCGUUUCCAUCAAGCUUGGGGUGCCGUUUGUGAUGCUCCGAAAGGCCGGAAAGUUGCCAAACACGAUUUCCAGUGGCCCGUACACGAAGGAGUAUGAGGGCCUUGACGAGAUAUGUGUGCAGAAGGGAGCCAUCGUCAAGGGCGACAAGGUCGUCCUGAUUGAUGACUUAAUUGCCACAGGAGGGACGCUUUGUGCAGGCAUCAAGCUCAUUGACGCGUGUGAGGCAGAAGUGGUGGAAUGCAGCUGCAUGGUGGAGCUCAAGGCCCUCAACGGGCGGGAAAAGUGCUUGAGUGCUGGAGCGAAGGCUGUGUGGGGCUUCAUCUCCGAGGAGCUGCUGACCACAAAGGCCGAGCUGCCUGACAACUACGUGGACGAUGGCAAGAAGUGA